GCUUUUCGGCUGACGUGUCUACUGUUGGCCGGCUGCUUGGCGAGUAGGGCCGAGAUGGCGGACGCUUGGGAAGAGAUUAGGCGAUUGGCGGCAGACUUCCAGCGGGCGCAGUUCGCAGAGGCCACGCAGAGGUUGUCAGAGCGGAAUUGCAUUGAGAUCGUGAAUAAAUUGAUUGCUCAGAAACAGCUAGAAGUAGUUCACACACUUGAUGGGAAGGAAUAUAUUACUCCAGCCCAAAUUAGUAAAGAAAUGAGAGAUGAGUUACAUGUUCGAGGUGGUCGAGUAAACAUUGUUGAUCUGCAACAGGCGAUUAAUGUGGAUCUGACUCAUAUUGAAAAUAGAAUUGGUGACAUUGUUAAAUCAGAAAGACAUGUUCAGCUAGUGUUGGGACAACUGAUAGAUGAGAACUAUUUGGAUCGGUUAGCAGAAGAGGUAAAUGAUAAAUUACAGGAAAGUGGUCAGGUAACCAUAUCCGAACUGUGUAAAACCUAUGAUCUUCCCGGAAACUUUCUGACACAGGCGCUAACUCAGCGACUAGGUAGAAUUAUUAACGGACACAUUGAUCUUGAUAACAGAGGAGUAAUAUUUACUGAAGCUUUUGUAGCUAGACAUAAAGCACGCAUCCGUGGGUUGUUCAGUGCUAUUACCCGGCCUACAGCAGUGAAUUCUUUGAUUUCAAAAUAUGGAUUUCAGGAGCAGCUUCUUUACUCUGUUCUUGAGGAACUUGUUAAUAGUGGACGCUUACGAGGCACUGUGGUUGGUGGGAGACAGGAUAAAGCAGUGUUUGUCCCUGACAUUUACUCCAGAACACAAAAUACUUGGGUGGAUUCUUUUCUCAGGCAGAAUGGCUAUCUGGAAUUUGAUGCUUUGUCCAGACUUGGAAUCCCAGAUGCUGUGAGCUACAUAAAGAAAAGAUAUAAGACUACACAACUCUUAUUUUUGAAAGCAGCUUGUGUUGGUCAAGAACUUGUGGAUCAGGUGGAAGCAUCAGUAGAGGAAGCCAUCAGCUCUGGAACAUGGGUUGAUAUUGCACCUCUGCUACCCAGUUCCUUAUCAGUGGAAGAUGCUGCAAUAUUGCUUCAACAUGUGAUGAGGGCACUCAGCAAACAGGCUUUAGCUGUAGUCUUUAGCGAUACUAUUGUAGUCAGUGAAAAAUUUAUAAAUGAUUGUACAGAACUGUUCAGUGACCUGAUGCACCAAAAAGCUGAAAAGGAAAUGAAAAAUAAUCCUGUUCAUUUAAUCACUGAAGAAGAUCUGAAACAAGUCUCCAUUUUAGAAAGCGUUAAUACAAGUAAAAAGGAUAAAAAAGAUGAACGAAGGAGGAAAGCAACAGAGGGCAGUGGAAGUGUGAGAGGAGGAGGUGGCGGCAAUGCCAGAGAGUACAGAAUUAAAAAAAUCAAGAAGAGAGGGAGAAAAGAUGACAACAGUGAUGAUGAGUCAUCUCACACAGGAAAGAAGAAGCCAGAGAUCACUUUUAUGUUCCAGGAUGAGAUUGAAGAUUUUUUACAAAAACACUUACAAGAUGCCCCUGAGGAGUUUAUUUCUGAACUUGCUGAGUACUUAAUAAAACCUCUAAAUAAAACUUAUCUCGAAGUGGUACGUUCAGUAUUCAUGUCUUCAACUUCUGCCUCUGGAACUGGCAGGAAGCACACGAUCAAGGACUUGCAAGAAGAGGUUUCAAACCUUUAUAAUAAUAUUCGAUUAUUUGAAAAAGGGAUGAAGUUCUUUACAGAUGAUACCCAGGCUGCUCUUACGAAGCACUUGCUGAAGACAGUGUGUACUGAUGUCACUAAUCUCAUUUUCAACUUCUUAGCUUCGGACUUAAUGAUGGCAGUAGACAACCCUGCAACCAUUACAAGUGAAGUAAGAAAAAAAAUUCUAAGUAAAUUAUCAGAAGAAACUAAAGUAGCUCUCACAAAACUCCAUAGCUCUCUGAAUGAAAAGAGCAUAGAAGACUUUCUUUCGUGUCUGGAUUCUGCGGCAGAAGCUUGUGAUAUUAUGGUGAAAAGGGGAGACAAAAAAAGGGAAAGGCAGAUACUGUUCCAGCAUCGACAAGCACUGGCUGAACAGCUAAAAGUCACAGAAGACCCUGCUCUUAUUCUGCAUCUCACAUCGGUUCUGUUGUUUCAGUUCUCAACCCACAGCAUGCUCCAUGCACCUGGAAGAUGUGUCCCACAGAUCAUUGCUUUUCUGAAUAGUAAAAUUCCAGAGGUUCAACAUACUCUUUUAGUAAAGUAUCAAGGUUUGGUUAUAAAGCAUUUAGUCAGUCAAAGUAAGAAGACUGGGCAGGGAGAAGAUCCCUUGAGUGAUGAAUUAGACAAAGAACAAGAAGAUAUCAUCAGUAUGACUCGUAAAGAGCUUCAAGAACUUUCCUCAUCCAUUAAAGACCUUGUUGUCAAAUCCAGGAAAUCAUCAGUGACAGAAGAGUAAUGAUUUUAAUUUACUUAAUGUUGUCAUACAGUAAACGUUUUUUCCCCAAAGUUAAAAGGUGAGUGGUUACAAAAAGAAAUAGGCAUUUCACAGUCCAGAAUCCCCCACCCAAUAGCACUUCCCACACUCACAGUUCAGUUAAAACAGUAGUGUUGUAUUCAUUGUAAAUCUUACAAAGAUGUGAAUGUUUGUAAAUUGGGUUCUCCAUGGAAGAUUUCUUUCACAUUAUUCUAAAAAUUAUACAUUUCAGGUUUAUUUUCUUUCUAGAUGCUGAAUGAAGAAUAAAUCUUCUGCUUUUAUCUCUA